AUGAACCCAGGCUCGGAGCAAGGAGCUCCGGCCGCCCUGGGGGUGGUCACCGCCACCUGCGUCUCCAAGGUGGAGCUCCGGCUCAGCUGCAGGCAUCUGCUAGACCGCGACCCGCUCAACAAGUCGGACCCCAGCGUGGUGUUGCUUAUGCAGUCCCAGGGCCAGUGGGUGGAGGUGGACAGGACGGAAGUCAUCAAGAGCAGUCUACACCCGGUGUUCUCCAAGGUCUUCACAUUGGAUUACUACUUUGAGGAAGUACAGAAGCUCCGCUUUGAGGCCUACGACAUUCAUGGACACUGCAGCAUUGGCUCCCAGGACGAUGACUUCCUGGGAGGAAUGGAGUGCACUUUGGGGCAGAUUGUGGCCCAAAAGAAGAUGACCAGAGCUCUGCUCCUUAAAAAUGGCAAGCAUGCCGGCAAGUCCACCAUCACGGUGAUAGCAGAGGAGAUCUCUGGGAACAAUGGAUAUGUGGAACUCUCCUUCCGGGCCAAGAAGCUUGAUGACAAGGAUCUCUUUAGCAAAUCAGAUCCUUUCCUGGAGAUCUACCGGAUCAAUGAUGAUCAGAGUGAGCAACUGGUAUACCGGACAGAGGUCGUGAAGAAUAACCUGAAUCCUGUGUGGGAAACAUUCAAGGUUUCCCUGAACUCACUUUGUAGCUGUGAGGAGAAGAGGCCUCUUAAGUGUCUGGUUUGGGACUACGAUUCUCGAGGGAAACACGACUUCAUCGGCGAGUUCUCUACCACUUUUGAGGAAAUGCAGAAGGCGAUUGAGGAGGACAAGGUCCAAUGGGACUGUGUGAAUCCCAAGUACAAAACUAAGAAACGGAAUUAUAAGAACUCAGGGGUGGUCAUCCUAUCAGACCUGAAGAUCCACAGGGUCUACUCCUUCCUGGAUUACAUUAUGGGUGGAUGCCAGAUUCAUUUCACUGUGGCCAUUGACUUUACAGCUUCCAAUGGAGACCCCCGCAAUAGUUGCUCUCUCCAUUAUAUCAACCCCUAUCAACCCAAUGAGUACCUGAAGGCACUCAUUGCUGUGGGAGAAAUUUGCCAGGAUUAUGACAGUGACAAGAAAUUUUCUGCUCUGGGAUUUGGUGCCCGGAUUCCUCCCAAGUAUGAGGUUUCCCAUGACUUUGCCAUUAAUUUCAACCCAGAUGAUGAUGAGUGUGAAGGGAUCCAGGGAGUGGUGGAAUCAUAUCAGAAUUGCCUACCCAAGAUCCAGCUCUAUGGCCCCACCAAUGUGGCACCCAUCAUUGCCAAGGUGGCCAGGAUGGCAGCAGCUGAGGAGAGAACUGGAGAGGCUUCUCAAUACUACAUUCUCCUGAUCCUGACCGAUGGUGUGGUGACUGAUAUGGCAGACACCAGGGAGGCCAUCGUACGUGCCUCUUACUUGCCCAUGUCCAUCAUCAUAGUGGGUGUGGGCAAUGCUGACUUCACAGACAUGCAGAUUCUGGAUGGGGAUGAUGGGGUCCUGCGUUCCCCCAAGGGAGAGCCUGUCCUCCGAGACAUUGUGCAGUUUGUCCCCUUCCGUGAAUUCAAGAAUGCUUCUGCAACAGCCCUGGCCAAGUGUGUCCUAGCUGAGGUGCCGAAGCAGGUGGUUGAAUACUAUAGCCACAAAGAGCUUCCUCCUCGCUGUCCCAAUAUGGACUCCCCUGAUGCCAGCCCUGGCCCUCCACAGUGA